AUAAUGGAAAAAAUCAAUAUGAGCAUCUCAGAAGGCUUUCUAUUGUUGGGCUUCUCUGACCGGCCAUUAUUAGAGAUGAUUCUUUUCAUAUUUGUCUCAAUUUUCUAUAUGUUGACCCUUUUGGGAAAUGCCACCAUCAUGCUGGUAUCUCACUUAGAUGCUCGGCUUCACACUCCGAUGUAUUUCUUCCUCACCAACCUCUCUUUUUUAGACAUUGGUUUCACUACUAGUAUUGUCCCUCAACUACUAGUCAACCUCAGGGGUCCAGAGAAAACAAUUAGCUAUGCAGGUUGUGUGAUCCAGUUCUACAUUUCCCAUUGGCUGGGGGCCACUGAAUGCGUCCUCUUAGCAGUCAUGUCCUAUGACCGCUAUGUUGCUAUCUGCCGGCCCCUCCACUACACUAUUAUCAUGAAUUCAAGGGUCUGCUGGGGUCUAGCCUCCACUGCAUGGGUUGGUGGUCUUUCUACCUCCCUGCUAGGCUCAACACUCACAGUACAACUGCCUCUGUGUGGGUACAACCGCAUCGACCACUUCUUUUGUGAGAUGCCCCUCAUCAUGCAGCUGAGCUGUGUGGACACCAGUCUCAAUGAGCUGGAGAUGUAUGUAGCCAGCUUCAUCUUUGUCGUGUUGCCCCUGGGACUCAUCCUGGUUUCUUAUAGUCAGAUUGCUCGGGCUGUGCUGAGGAUCAAAUCCACUGAGGGGAGGGCCAAGGCAUUUAACACUUGCUCCUCCCACUUGAUGAUAGUGUUCCUAUUUUAUGGGAGCAUCAUUUUCAUGUAUCUUCAGCCUGCUAAGAGCAGUUCACAUGAGCAGGGUAAGUUCGUUUCUCUUUUUUACACUGUGGUGACACCCAUGCUAAAUCCACUCAUUUAUACUUUGAGGAACAAAGAUGUGAAAGGAGCCCUGAAGCAAUUGGUAAUAGGAUCUGGCUGUGGUCCAGUAAAAAAACCGGGGGCCAUUUCAUGA